CACGAACACCAUCGCGGCAUCGACUCCGGUGCCAUUGAUUUAGUCUCAGCUGCACGUUAAAGAUCUAGUUUAUUGCCGAAGAAAUGGAUGCCCCUUCGCUAUCACCCGAAGCUAUUGCGUUUGCUGCUCGGAUUUAUGAUGCCGUACGUGCUGGGCAGAUAGACCUCUUUGAACAAGCCCUACCGGCUGGGUUACCUGCAAAUAUGACAAAUGAAAAGGGGGAUAGUUUAGUCAUGCUAGCAGCCUAUCAUGGGCACUCUCAACUCGUCAGGCUUCUUAUUGCCCACGGAGCGAACCCAAAUUCUCUAAACGACCGAGGCCAGUCACCUCUUGCCGGUGCGGUCUUCAAGAAUGAAAGCGAAGUCGUCAAGGCGUUAUUAGAAGGUGGCGCAGACCCAGAUCAUGGCGACCCGAGUGCAAUGAUGGCGAUAGUGCUAUUCAAGAAGGAAGAAAGGUGGAGGAAGUUUUUCGAAGAGGCGCCUGGCAAAGGGAAGGCGGUUGCCCACCAAGUUAGUGGUCACUUAUGAAUCAUGGAAAGUAGCAGAUUAUGUUCUA